AUGUCCACUGACACCCUUCCGUGGCCCGCACCAACCUCGCUGGCGGGUUUUCUUCUCGGUAUUAUUUUUGUACUCGUCACCAACUUUGUUAUUCAAACCUUUAACUCUUUUACCGGGCUUUUAUUAUUCCUUUUUCUCCCACUGUGCUGCGCAGUCACACUUUCUUCGGUAAUCUAUGCCCUCUUCUCAUGCAACAUUGCCCUCUACUUUGCUCCUACAUUCCGCUGUCGCGACCUUGAUGCACGUGGUUUUCGAAAGAAUCUCGCAAUCGCGCUUUGCCUCGGUGGCACUUUUGCAUGCAGCUUGCUCCUUGUUUCCCACGCCUUUAGGGUACUUGAAAAUCCUCGUAUCGUUUGGCCAUUCGGGGUCUAUCUUGCAUUUUUGACCUUUUUUCACUGGUCCGAGUUCUUUAUUACUGCUCUCACAAGCCCUUUACGAGCCGACAUUGAUUCGUAUAUGUUAGUCCAUAGUCCGGAAUACCUGGCAGCAGUGGCCCUUAGUUUUGCCGAAUACUGGCUAGGUAUGUGGUUGUGGCCUACGAAAGCAACCAAUUACCUCUGGAUAAACCUUGCUGGUCUGCUUAUUUGUAUUGCGGGGGAAAGUCUCCGAAAAGUAGCCAUGUGGACCGCAGCUGACAAUUUUUCGCACUUUGUCGAGCACACACUGCGGCGCGAGCACCAACUUGUUCGAAGUGGCGUUUACGCUUGGUGUCGGCAUCCGGCCUAUGUCGGCUGGUUCUUCUGGAGUCUUGGCACACAACUCCUCCUGGCCAAUCCGCUAUGCUCGAUUGUUUAUCCCUUGGCAGCCUACGCCUUCUUUCGCGACCGAGUUUAUUCCGAGGAGCAGAGUCUAGUGGCAUUUUUUGGCGAGGCCUAUCGAUCAUACCAACGGGAAGUUGGCACUGGCUUGCCAUUUAUUCGUGGAUACGUAGAUAAGAAUGAGGAUGGUGAUUAUCGGUAG